UACAAGGAGGCGCACGCAUGGUGAUUUCGCGCCAAAUUGAAGCCAUUUCUAUUUUUCGCCAAAAUUUCAUUCGUACUGUUCAAGACAGUCGUUAUUUCGUACAAAAGUCUAAUAAUACAGAAAAAAAACGUGAAUAUGUGGAACGAUGGAGGUCAAUUUGGUGGUGGCGGAUACCAGUCAAUGAACACAAGCGCCAGCUUUGGAGGUGGUGGAUUUCUGCAGGACAAUCAGUUUGGCUCCCCGUCAGCAGGCUCACAGGAGAAGAAGCGUUCUAAUAGACGCCAGUCUGUGAUUCCCUGCACUAUCCGGCAAUUGAACAGUGCUGUCUACCAGCAGGCAGAAGAUGUGUUCACACUUGGGAACAUAGAGUUAUCUCAGGUGUCUUUUAUUGGAGUCAUACGUAGUGCAGAGGAGGCAUCAACUAAUGUGGUAUAUCAUGUGAAUGACAUGACGGGGGAAGACAUUGUUGUCAAGAAGUGGGCGAAUGACAACGAGGAAACAGAGCAAGAAAGAGAGAGAAGGGCGGCAUGCAGAGAGAACACUUACGUUCAUGUAGUUGGAAAUCUGAAAUGGUUCAAAGAGAGCAAGUCUCUCAUUGCAUUCAGCCUGAUGCCUUUGGAGGAUUUUAACCAAUUGACCUGUCACAUAUUGGAAGUCAUGCAAGCUCAUCUUGCACUUCAAAAGAUGCCAGAGCUGAGUGAUGGCCCUGUACCAAUGUCCUCCACAAUGGUCACCCCGGCAAAAGACACUAGUAGUUUUAAUGCUGGAGGUGGUGGAUAUGCUGGCCUCACAGGUUUGGACAAACAGGUUCAUGAUUUGAUAUCAAGUAGUACAAACGAAGAAGGAGUCAGCAUAUCCAUGCUCAGGCAAAAACUCAAGGCUGUACCAGAACAGAAAAUCAGAACUGCUGUGGAAACCCUAAGUAAUGAAGGUCAUAUCUACUCCACAAUUGAUGAUGAACACUAUAAAUCUACAGACAGUUUCUCGUAAACAGCGGCAGUGCAUGAAGACAUUGUAUCGAAUGAGUAUACAACACUAGGAUGGCAUUAUGGAAACCAGUGACUAUUCAGUAGUAGGGUAUCAUGGCAAACAGUGACAAUACUUCAGGAUGGUAUCAUGGAAUCCAGUGCCUUUAAACUGGAAGUAACAUCCCCUCUUUUGGUAACCAGAAAAUAUUUUUUGUAGUAAAAAAAAAUUGACACUAAAUAUGCCAGCUAGAACAAGUCCAAAGUAAUGUAUCUUUUGCAUGACUCUGGAAAAGCAAUAAUCUAUUGUAUAUCUACAGUAACCAGGCAUGCUUCAACAAUAUUUUGUCAAGUUUACUAGAAAAUAAGCAUUAAUACAUUUUUUUUAUCUAUUGGGGUGGCAUAAUAAUACUUGUUAAUCAGGUUAUUAUUCUAUGAUGUAAUUAUAGACUAUAUACAAUUGUUUCUAAUAUGCACUAACACUUCAAAUAAAUUCAUGUUUUGUAAGAAUCAAUGUUUGACCAUUAUAUGUAACAUGAAUAAAAUUUAGAUUACAAA